UGGAAUUCCAACGUGACACGACAAGAAAUUAUGAUGACACAACAUCGAAGUGGCAAAGGAGAGCGGCCAGUGCCAUGUCAUUUGAGUCUGGGGAGUCCGGCAACUCGUACACUCCACAGGAUCAGCACUUGCAAUAUUUUCCAGAGAAAGAGACACGCUCAUACAGACGAUUUGUGCCUGCGUCGUGGCAUGAAACUUUGUCUUACUACCGUGGGUAUGUAACAGCAGCAAGCAAAACGCAAAUAUACUCCCCACAAUAUUACCCUUUUAACAUAUUCUUCUGGCAAAACCUAAUGAACCUGCUCUUCAAAAGUCUGCCUCUUACUUAUGUUUACAUGUUUCUUGCUUCCUAUUCAGCCAAUCACCACUUCUUUUUGCCUAAAAUGAUCCCUAUUGCGUAUGUAUUAUCACAUUUAAUGCUUCGUGAUUUAUUUGUAAAGCUCGAGGAUGACAACUCGUCACAGGAAGUUGAUCCGACUACGAAGCUCAAAAGUGAUCUUAUGUGGCAUAAUGACCUGAAUAUGAUAGCUCUAUCUAUGGCUACACCGCCAAUCGUACACAUUUUGACCUCAAGAACAAAUAAAGAGAUUAACGCGAAUAGAGACAGCAGUAUAUUGUUAAUUUCAAAUGGCAUCUACAGCAUAUUGAAGGGAUUGCUAUCGCAUAAAGUAAAAAAGUAUUCUCAAUCAAUUUUAAAAGAGACGAUUGACAUGGAAAUUCAGUUUUUUAAAAUAUGGACAGUUUACUUUUCAACCUUUUUCUUGGGUGAUUUAUUUUCAAUCACGUUUUUUGGCAUUCAUUUCAUUGUGGAAACUUUAAAUGUUGUUAUUACCUCCCAAUGCUUAAUAGAAGCCAUCGUUUGUGAGUGGCGUGUGUCCAGGAUAGGAUUCUAUGUGUACACUCAACACGUGGUCACCCUGCUGGAGAUAUUUGUGAUAUUCUUCAUGUACCCACUGGGCCGACUGAUCAACGAUAUCACCUUUUACACCGGAGUCAUUCCGACGCAAAUGAGGCUUUAUAACUUGAAAGGAGUGCCUUUGUAUUUUGCGUGGAAAUUAUACAUCUUACUUAAAUUCAACACUAACUGGAUGAAGUAUAUCGAGAACGAUGACAAUGUGUAUCCAGACCAUCUCGAUUAUUAUUUCGACGUCAGCAUAGGCAUUUUCUUAUUCAUCGGGAUAUUGUAUGCGGCUGUUAAAAAUUUGUAUUUUUAUAAAAAGACGUGGCGAUCUUUGCUUGUACCAGAAUCGAAUUGGGGUCCAGAAUAUUCUAUACGGCAGUUGAGGAAGCAAUACGACUCGAGAGAAUACAUCGGAUCACAAGCGCCUCGCCCUUUGAGUCGCUACAUGAUUUACAAGGCCGAAGCUAAAAAAUACUCGCUCAAUAUCAAAUAUCCAAGUGUGACGUCAGACGCGUCUUCGGAGGUCAGAUAUGAGAACGAAAAGAAGAAUGUGUAA